GACAUUUCUGCUGACAUUUGUCAGCUGACCAAACGAUUUGUCUUGUAUUUGGUGCUGCGUGUGUGCACAAAUUUUUUCUGUGAAAUUGUAUUGGAAAAUCAGUUGAAAAAGUAUAAAAAAUGUCAGGCAAAGACAGACUACCGAUUUUCCCAUCUCGUGGUGCACAGAUGUUGAUGAAAGCACGUCUGGCUGGUGCACAAAAGGGUCAUGGUUUGCUCAAGAAAAAGGCUGAUGCCCUGCAAAUGCGUUUCCGUAUGAUUUUGGGUAAAAUUAUUGAGACCAAAACUCUUAUGGGAGAUGUUAUGAAGGAGGCUGCCUUCUCACUUGCCGAAGCCAAGUUCACCACUGGCGAUUUCAAUCAAGUUGUAUUGCAGAAUGUGACCAAAGCACAAAUCAAGAUCCGUACAAAGAAAGACAACGUCGCUGGUGUAACGUUGCCCGUAUUCGAAUCAUAUCAGGAUGGCGCUGACACAUACGAAUUGGCUGGUCUGGCUCGUGGUGGUCAACAAUUGGCCAAAUUGAAGAAGAAUUAUCAGAGCGCAGUGAAACUCUUGGUCGAAUUGGCAUCGCUACAGACAUCUUUCGUCACACUGGAUGAGGUUAUUAAGAUCACAAACAGAAGAGUUAACGCUAUUGAGCAUGUCAUCAUUCCACGCAUCGACCGUACACUCGCUUACAUCAUCUCCGAAUUGGAUGAGUUGGAGCGUGAGGAGUUCUACCGUUUGAAGAAGAUUCAAGAUAAGAAGCGCAUUGCGCGUAAGAAGGCCGAGGCAAUCAAAGCGGAAUUGCUACAACAAGGCAUAGAUGUGCGUCAACAGGCCAAUAUUUUGGACGAAGGCGAUGAUGAUGUGCUCUUCUAAGCCAUAUAUAAACAUAUAGAGCCAGUCAUCCAAAUGCGUAAAGCAAAAUAUAUAUAUAUCUUAGCGUUCGUAAACGAGUGCAACGCAUUAUUUAAUGUGUAUAUAUUUGCUAUUUUGUUUUUUGUUUUGAAAACUACUAACUAUUUAGCUAAAAUGUAUACAAAAAUAAAUUAAAUGUUACAGUUUCAACAGUAUUCAUGCAACUUUAUAAAUACAAAAAAAAAAACAAAAAUGGCAAACAAGUUUUUCGCCACUACAUAAACAAUACUGUUCAACACAUACACACACAAACAAACAAAAGCAGCGUUUUAUAAUUUUUUGCGUUAUUAAGACAACAACAAAAGGCGCAUAUGUAAAUGUAUUCCAUUUAUAAAUAUUCAUCAGCUAUACUAAUGUUAAUAUUGUUUGUAUUGUACCAAAUUUGAUGUUUUAUGUAAUUAUCUUGUUAUUAAAUGUGAUUCUUUUAAUUUCUACAAAUUUAGUUAAACAAAAAUAAAAAAGUAACAACAACGUUAACACGUUGAAAUGCAAUAAAAUGUCUGCUAAAGGUGUAAGCGUGUUAAAAAUGCGCCAAAAAUUUAGACGGUGUAAUAAAUAAAUCGCAAUAAUUGCUUUAAAAUUUA